AUCUAAAAAAUGUAAAUAACGGUUAAUUCGUGUCAAUGUCCUAUGUCUUGUAUAUCCCGUGGGAAAAAAACAGUUCUCCCUAUAGAAAUACGGAAUACUUUGAUUAUUUUAGUUGAGCCUUCCCUUAAUUUUAAUUAAACCCAUUCACUCAUUCAAGCCUUACUAUUGUUUAGAUUAUAAGGUAUAUAGUAAGCACGAUUUAAAAAAAAACGUUGCAGGUAUGUGAUAUACCUGCAACGUUACCGUGUAAAAUGUCAUUGUUCAAAAGUCCAACUAAAGCCAGCUAAUAAACUAGUUUAGUUAAAAUAGAGUAAAAGGCUCAGUCGUAAGAACUGGCCCAUAGUGUUUUUCUACAUGAUUUAAUAAGAGAUACGGCAACUAAUGUUAGUAGUUAUAAUAAUACAACUUUACGUACUAAUACAUCUUAAGAGAACACCCUUAAUCCAAUAUAAUAUAACUGGUUGUAAUUUGAUGGCCUUAGUCCAAAUUGAGCAGUUACAAUUCAACCUAACACACCCACCGCCUCAUCACGUAAUAAGUCACGCAUUUUUUUCGCACCGGGGCCAUUCAGUCUGUGGCGGCCAGCAGCUUCGGGACUUGCCGUUUGCCCCGCCAGGCACAGCUCGUAUUUAUCGGUGCUCGUCGGUGUUUGCUGCUUUUCGGAAAUAUUACGCGUUUAAAAGCCAUUUCGUUAGUUAGCGGACGACCCCCCACCACCCCACCCCCUGCCGAUAAGAUAAGCACCGGGAACUUUAGUUUUGGGGGUGAAUCUCACAAAAGGAGCUCUGCUCUCUUCGCCGGAGAGAUUUUUGUUCUCAGCUGACUGGCUAGCUAGCUAAUUUCAAGCCCGGGGUGCUGUCCGAUAUAUUAGGGAGAAGUGUUAGUUAAUAAGACUGAACACUAACGGUUGCUGUAACGUCGGAGUUUGUCUUAAACGCUGCCCAACCACCGUAACGCCAUCUCCGGGCAUCAUGACUAGGAGAUCCUGCACGAUUUACGCCACCGGGAUAGUUUGCGCUCAUCUGCUGAUCAUCGGCAUCGCCUUGGUGCUCGGGCAAGUCUUCCAGACGCUGAUACACAACCGGCUGAAAAAGGAACUGACACUAGCAGAAGGGAGUCGUGUGAUAGAGUCCUGGAAGAACCCACCCUCAGAUGUCUACAUGCAGUAUUUUUUCUUCAACGUGACCAACCCUGAAGUCUUCCUGGCUGGGGGCAAAGCAGCGGUGACCCAGAUCGGGCCAUACACUUACAGGGAGUACCGCCCCCGAGAGAAUGUGACGUACCUGGAGAAUGGAACCAAGCUCUUUGCUUUGAACCCCAAAAGUUUUGUGUUCGUACCGGAGAUGUCUUCUGGGGAUCCAGAGGUGGAUCUUGUGAGGACCAUCAACAUCCCGUUUGUGGCGACAGUAAACGAAAUGAAGAACUAUAACUUCAUGGUCCGCACCAUUAUGUCCAUCUGGAUUAAAAGCAUGGGCGUGGAACUCUUCAUCACACGCACAGUCCAUGAGAUGUUGUGGGGCUUCAAAGACCCGCUGAUGACCAAACUCCAUAGCCUGAAGCCAGAAGUGGAUGAGUACUUUGGCCUCAUGUACAAGAAAAAUGGAACCCAUGAAGGAGAGUUUGUGUUUCUGACGGGUGAGCAGAACUACUUGGACUACGGCAAAAUCGACACAUGGAAUGGACUCAGAAAGAUGACAUGGUGGUCAUCUAACCAGAGUAACAUGAUCAAUGGUACCGAUGGUAGUGCAUUCCACCCACUCCUUUCCAAGAACGAGCUGCUGUACAUCUUUGCUGCUGACCUCUGUCGGUCCAUCCACCUGGGCUAUGUGGAGGAUGUGGUUGUUGAGGGCAUCUCGGCCUACCGCUUCGCUCCUCCGAUGGACGUGCUGGCCAGUCCCCAGGACAACCCCGCCAACGCUGGCUUCUGCGUACCUGCAAACGACUGUCUGAGCAGGGGGGUGCUGAAAGUCAGCGUGUGCCGAGAAGGUGCUCCUAUCGUCGUCUCGUUCCCGCACUUCUACCAGGCUGACCAGAAGUACAUUGACGCCAUUGAAGGCAUGAGGCCUUCAAAGGAGGCUCAUGAGACCUACUUGGACCUGAACCCGACCACCGGUAUACCUGUUCGUGCCUGUAAGAGAGCACAGCUAAAUGUCUUGCUGAACAGAGUCAGUGGCUUUCCGACAACCAGAAACCUGACUCAGACCAUUUUCCCCAUCAUGUUUGUUAAUGAGUCGUUUGUGAUCGACCCAAACUCAGCAGGCCAGAUGAGGACCCUUCUGACGGUGGUGACCGUCGUCUCCAACUUCCCGCUCUUUAUCGUGGGAUUGGGUGCUAUCCUCCUGGUAGUCUUCGUCAUCCUCAUCUGCAGGUCCCGUCAGAAGAGGAACGCAGUGAAACGUAUUGAGUUUUCAGAGGCUUUUCGUUCUUUUCCUAAUGCGAAGGAGGACACGGCUUACACUCAAGUCAGCUCAAAGCCCGAAGAGCAGCGGGACGGCCACGUCACCGUCGCCAGCCAGUCUCUGCGCAAUGGCUCCUACAUUUCCAUGUCGCAAGUGGAGACACCCGAGUGCUGAUGGAGAUGGAGUCUGGGGGUGGGGCUGGGGGGUGGGAUGUGGGUUUUGUAUCAUUUCAAGAGGGUGUGGUUUGGGGAUGAGGGUGGGGCGGUGGGGGAAGCUCCCAUAAAUGCUGUCAGUCGCGAUGCUGCCCAGUCGUGUGACGUCACUGACCGUUGGUCCCUUGUGCCAGGCUGUGCAUGGCCACUACCUGCUGUUUGGCUAACAGCACUCUGUGAUCGAUGAUGCCUUAGACUGAGACACCUCCCCUCCUCUACACACACGCAUACAAACACACACACGUGCGCGCGCACGCGCACACACACACACGCACGUACCUCCUCCCCGCAUCACAGACGGCGGCAAGUCGCUCUGAUCCCACAUCAGCCGGCGACGUCGACACCUGCACCGGACUGGAUUUUCAGAGGCCUGGAGCUAAAGCACCAUCUCCACAUGGCGGCAGCCCAGUGAACAGAAGCUCCCAUCUCACCGGAAGCUCCUCUGAUGAAGCUGUGUGGACGUCUUUUCGCUACUUAAAAUCCCUUAAAUUGUCUCUCGCACUAUGCCUGUUAAGAGGGAGCUUUUCCCACCUGAAUUCACAAGCUUGUAUAAAGCUUUAUGGCAAACCUAUGUCAAAUUGCGACUCUUGGCUGAUGAUGACGGCGAUUAAAACGUAGCAUCGUUGCUGCCAUGCACAUGCUGUGUGGUUGUGUGGCGCGCCGGUGGCCUCUAGCGGCUAGCGUGGGUACUGCACAGUCCAGUCUCGCAGCUGCAUGACUGAAUCAGACGUGAUUUCUGACCUGAAUAGAAGCAGGCAUGAAGCUAGAGACUCCUUUUUUUGAUCUUGGUUCUUCUGCCACGGUGAUAAAAGUGAAAUUUUAAUCUUAAGAUCUAUUGUUUCUGUAAAUGGAAUUGGUGCCCAAACAUUGUUUAAAAGUUACUGAACUUGUCUGUUGUUCUCAUUGUCAGAGCACAAAAGGGUCAGUGCAUUUAUUGGGUUCUACAUUUAUUUGGGCGCCACAUUUCAGGGAUGCGAUUCCAAGUAGAUAAAUGCAUUGGAUUUGUUUUUGCGUCACUAAUUUUCAUACCUACUUUUGCUGCUAGUCUCUUCACCCUCUGGACAGACUGCUUUUCGGUGCAGUCUAGUCAGUAUGUAUGCUUAGCAGGAACCCCCUUUGAUUUACUCUUGAUCUAUAGUCUGGGUCUCUCCUAUAUCCAUGAUAUUAAUUUGCUUGGGGGGACAAACAAGCACAAAACUAACAGGGAAAGAUGCUUGCUGCUGUUUAGGAAAUGGAGGCCAUUAAUGAAGCCAGUUGUGAUAAAGCACCGUUUUUUUUUAUGUUGUGAGGGUGCUCUGGGGUAGGAGAGAACUGGUGCUGUGACGUUCUUCCUUACUCUAAGGAGUUUCAGCUGAUGUGGGGAAGCCUGAUUGGCCAGCAGCCUUCACGUAAAGUCACUAAACCCUGAGCCCAGCCAGCUGUGGCCUUGCCUAGUAACAUAACUGGUUAUUUGGCACUAUAUCCUCAGUGACUUGAAUUGGUGGAGUGGGUGGAAGAACACCCUGGCCCAAAGGUAACGGAGAGCCAGUUCUGAGCCACCAGCCCAUUUUGGGCUGACUUCUCCCCUGAUCCCUGAGCUUUUGCUUCUGAUCCCCCAGCCUUCUCCCUUGGCUUGACCAAAGAGGACUCAGAGGCGGGGCUUAGCUUUUGUUUACGCUACAGUCCAAGGAUCCGCCUUAGGCUUGGUGUGCAGAUGCGCCCUCUAGUGUUUACAUCAGUUUAUCACAAAUGGCUUCCACUGCUAAAAGAAUGGGUUAUAGGUCAAGAACUAGUUAGUGUUUUUUUUUUGUAUAAGGCAUAUGAAGUCUGUAUUGCUUUUACUACACAAAAUAUCUGGUUAAAGCAUAUAUUGCCAUAAUAUGUACUAAAACACUCAGUAUUACGAAGCAAUUUAAGCAAUACAAAAUGUAAAACAUUUUAUAAUGAUGUUUUGUAAUUUGAGCAGAUUAUUAUUUUUAUUUGUGUUUUUUUUUUUUUUUUUUUUUUUUUUUUUUUUUUUUAAUUCUUUAUUUCUCAGUGUAAAUGUAUUCUGUGCCUGGGACUUGCACAGGGCUGAAAUACCUGGUCUCCAAUCAGAUUCAGCAUGCCAGGGUACACCACAAUCAGAGUAACCUUUCUGUGCAGACAGACACUGCACAGUGCUUCUUCUUUUGUAAUGCCAUGGUGAUCUACAUCAGAUACUUAAGGGAGCAGACAACUAUUUUAAGUAUUGUUUGUCACACAACCCGAAUUGUAAAAGACCCUUAUCUGUUCUCUGAUUGUGGGCUCUUGGUGCCAGAGAGUGUCAUCUUUGGGAAGCCAUUAAAACCAACUGGAAAGGAGGAGUCCUGGCCAUUGGAAUUGGUCUGUUUGAGUGUAAAUAAAAUAUUCAGGUGGUGCACCCAGGUUGUUUGGGAACAAACAGAGAAUGAAGCUCUUUCUUGGGCGGAACUUUAGUGCCAAAACCAAGCACCCAUGUACAUCAGUCGGCUGUAUGCAUAUUACAGUAGGCCACUAACAUGUCACUUUGUCUUACUGCAUGUCAGCCUUCUGGUCGGAUAAGAAAUGUCAACAUCAAUAGCAUUUUGUUUCCUUUGAGAAAUGUCUACUGCUGCUGAAUUGACAAUCUCUUCAUGUCAUUGGGUGCAAAAUCCUCGUUUUCCCUUUUUGUUUUUGAUAUUUACACUGCACAAAUGUUUCUAUAAUGCCUUUGUAAGCAUUUUUAGUGUAUUUACAUGAAAUAAAAGCAAAUGUUUAAGUUGAUAA